AUGCAGGCCUCGAGGCUGGCACCCCGGCUCUUGCAGCUGGCAGCUGCGGCCUGUGGGCGUGCCGCCGCGGGCUGCAAAGUGCAGUACGCCAGUUUGAGCUCCGCCGCCGGCGCCGGUGGCGGCGGUGGCGGCGCCUCUGCCGCCGCCCGCGCCGGCUCCAGGCAGCAGUGGGCUGCCGCGGUGGCGGCCUGCCUGGGAGUGGGCGCAGUCGGGCUGCAGAUGUACCCAGGCGGCGACAACACCGCAGAGUGUGAGGCUGCCGCGUCCCCGCCAGACGCGCCACCAGAGGGCGCGCCGGCGGCGGAGGCGGCGGCGCCCAAGCGCAAGACGCGGGUGGUGGUGCUGGGGUCUGGCUGGGGCGCGGUCGCCUUUUUGAAGAACCUGGACUGGAAGGGCGCCUUUGGACCCAACGGCCAGUACGAGGUGGUGGUGGUGUCCCCGCGCUCCUACUUUCUGUACACACCGCUGCUGCCGGGCGCGGCGGCGGGCAGCGUGCAGGAGCGGUCGAUCAUGGAGCCCAUCCGCAACCUGCUGGCGGGGCAGGGCCAGUACUACCAGGCCGCCUGCACCUCCAUCGACGCAGAGCGCCAAGUGCUGCACUGCGCAGUGAACAAGUGCCACGUGUGCGAGGCUCUGGAUCAUGAGAGCGGCAAGUGCCAGGCGGGCGGCGGCGGCGGGAAGAAGGGGUGGAUGAAGGGCGGCGCCGCCGCGCCGCCCGCCGCCCCCGCCGCCCACGAGCUCGACACGUUUGAGGUCCCCUACGACAUCCUGCUCGUGGGGGUGGGCUCAGUGAACAACACGUUUGGCAUCCAGGGCGUGGCGGAGCGCUGCUUCUUCCUCAAGUCAAUCGACGACGCCCACAGGCUGAGGGUGCACAUCAGCAAGGUGGUGGAGCAUGCGGGUCUGCCCCACCUGACCCGCGAGGAGCGGCGCCGCCACCUCAACUUUGUGGUGGUGGGCGGCGGGCCCACGGGGGUGGAGCUGGCCGCCGAGCUGCACGACUUUGUGCAGGAGGAUGUGGCGCGCCUGCUGCCGCACCUCAAGGAGGACAUCAGCAUCACGGUGGUUGACACCAUGGACCACCUGCUGGGCGCCUUUGACCGCCAGCUGUCCGAGUACACGGCCUCACACUUCAUGCGGGAGGGCAUCAACGUGCAGCUGGGCACGAUGGUGCGGAGCGUGGGGGAGGGCGCGCUGACGGUGACGCGCAACGGCAACAAGACCGAGGAGAAGCUGCCCUUUGGCACCUGCGUGUGGGCCACAGGCAUCGCCAUGCACCCGCUGGUGCGCGGCCUCAAGGAGCAGCUGCAGCGGCAGCUGGAGGAUGUGCAGAACUCGCGGACGGGGGUGGUGGUGGACGGCCACCUGCGGGUCAAAGGAACCAACGGUACCAUCUUUGCCAUGGGGGACGCCGCGGUGACGCACCAGGACAAGUCUGUGGAGGAUGCGGCCAAGCUGUUUGCCGAAGCCGACACCAACAAAGACAACCGGCUGUCGCGGGACGAGGUCACCGGCCUGCUGAAGAAGGCUGGCAAGCGGUAUCCUCAGAUGGGCGAGCUGGCUGCUAUGCUGGAGGAGGGGGUGCUGGAGAAGGCGGCGCGCGGCGUGUGGGGCGCCAGCCGCAAGGAGGGCCGCUACAGCAAGCACGUGGAGCGUCUGGAGGCGGGGCUGUCGUUUGAGGAGUUUCAGGAGCUGCUGACCGACAUGGACACGCUCAUGCGCUCGCUGCCGCCCACCGCGCAGGUGCUACCGCCACUUUGGCACCUUUGCAUACGUGGGCAUGGACCGCGCCGUGCUCUCCCUGCCCUCCGCCUUCCCCUUCAACGCCCUCCAGGGCUGGCUGGUGGGCCUGACCUGGCGCGGCUUCGAGACGUGGGGCCAGGUGUCUGCCCGCAACCGCUGGAUGGUUCAGAGCGACUGGGUGCGCAUGAAGCUGUUCGGGCGCAACAUCACCGAGGUCUGAGCAGGGCAAGCCGCAGGCAGCACCAUCGGCAGCAGCAGCAGCAGCACCAGCUGGCAUGACGGCAUGUGCCAGGGCAGCCACAGCGGCCGGCACGUGGGGUGCCGAGCUUAGCGACUCUCACUCCUUAGCGGCGCAUUUUCAUUUCAUUGGGGGUGACGGGCAACAGGCGGCACGUAGGGUGCCGCCGCCGUGAGCCUUGCCGCCCCUCCUCUCGGUCUCUGUCUGUCAUCGGUUUCUCAGCUCACAUGGGUACUGGCAUAUGCAUGGGACAUAUGCAUGAAUUGUGCAAUCUGUGUACUUUUGUCCAACCUUGGGGACGACGCUGGUGCUGGGCGCUCCAUGUAAACUAACUCCUGC